CUUUAGGAUCUAGUUUUAAAUUAUUUACAGUUAGAGAAUAUAUCCUAAAUAUUUUUAAAGUGUAAUUUUAAUUUCUUUUUUUUUUAACUAAGAUUUGUUUUUUUUUAUGAUCUUAUUGAGACUAUUACACGAUCGCAUCUUCAGUGUCUUAAAGUUAAAUUUUCGCUGGACAUUCGCAUUAAUCCAUAACAUGGUUCAUAACUUAUAGAACUUUUAUGGAGCGUUCAUUUCUUGGAGAGACAUAUUAUAUUAUAGCGAAGGGCUAUUUUAAAUUCUGAUGAUGCGAUUUCACUGGCUGAAGCCGAUUAUAACCACGACUGGUUUGUGUUUUCUGGCUGCGGCAAUGUACUGCUGGAUGACCACGAUUGUUGUUCGUCCGUCGAAGUCGACUACGAUAAGAGGUAAGAAAGGGAGAAAAUAAAUUGUAUGCUCUUAAUAAUAAUGUUACAUGUCUUUCAAAUCAUUUGGUUAGAUUGCCCCCCCCCCCAAAUAUGUUCAGGUUAAUCUUAAAUCAUUUUCCAGACUAUCUACAAAAAACAUCUUUUUUUUUACCUUCAGAUUUUCUAAAAUUACUAGCUGUUACCCGUAAAAAAUGAUGGGUAGAGUGUUUAAAAUGUAAGCUUUAAGAAACUCAUUAUUGUCUACGAACUUUGAUUGAUAUAUAUAUAUAUAUAUAUAUAUAUAUAUAUAUAUAUAUAAACUCUUUCCUUAAAAUAUGUCAACACAAUUUUAACAAAUAUAAUCAAAAGUUGUUUAAAGAAAAUAUUUGCGAUANGGGGGGGGGGGGGGGGGGGGGAAACCCCUUUAAAUAUAGUAUUUUAACAAAUCAUCAAACUUUCAUGGCGUCUACCGUGUGUUGAGAAAAAAAACAGACUAAAAUUCUUUUUAGACUGUGCUGUCAUAGGCAUCGAGUCUAUGUGCCAAGUUUCGGCUCGACAGGUUGACGGGAAGUAGGUCAGUUAGCCGUAAACACCCCAAAGCAAAGUUAAUAUAAAGGAUUUAAUGAAAAGAGAAUACGAUUACCUGAACAAAUUUUUAAUGGAACAUUGAUAGCUAUAGAAAAAAAGCGUCCCUAGUAAGAUGUUCGGUUAACUAAAGUAAAAUGUGAGAUUAAGGAAUAAAUGAGAACAAAACUUAUCUCAACACGUCCAGAUUGUCAAUGUACAAAAAACUUAAAUUUACAACCGUAGGCAGCGGGGGCUCUGGACAAUCGAAGGAAAGUUUUAUGACCGAGGUUCUCAAACAUUUUAAAACAAUUAUUAUAUUAUUUUUUUUCUUCUGAACUUAGAAUUCCGAUACCGAUAUACCCAAAUAAUUUAAAGUCAUGUAGACUAUUAUUUGAUAAUCGCACAUUUAGAAGAGAACAGAAGAGCCAAUCUCUAUGACCAGAGUUGACUUAUUUCUUACUAGAUGCGAUAUAGUUUUUAAGUGCACAGCUCAAACACCAGCCCGCAUUAUAAACCAGAUGAUACAUGAUUGACUGGUCGUUCCUCUGUCAAUAUUCAGUCACCGAUUACACUGGCCACGCUCGUUACAGCAUUAAAAAAUUACUUCGUACUUGUUACAUAAUCAAUAGCCUUUUUAUGUAAACCUUAAUCUAUAACCUUUUUAAUGCGGUCAUGAUACUCGGAUGGCUUUGUGUAAUUAGAAUAGUGGAGUCGGAUUGGUGUGCAAGAAAUGAGCAGUCUGUAUUGAGUAUUUGUAAAAGAAUAGUCGGCAUAGACUGUUGCCGGCCAUCCCAGCAGGCACGUACCUAGCCCCCAGAAGCCGGGUAGACUGAUCAGAGCAAAACGCUCAUUAAAUCAACCUCACCACUGACAUUCCCAUAAACAAUUAAACCAGAAACAAUAGCAAAUGCAUCAAAGUGCCUCAGUGCAACAUAGUGCAGUAUCAACAAUCUUUCUUCCCACGCACAAUAAUUGCAUGGAACAACCUGAACGAUGCCACUGUAAACUUGACAUCAGUCGAAACUUCAAAGCUGCCCUGGCAUCAGCUAGGAGCUGUUAGAAUAGGGACAUCAUAUCCCCAAAGAUGCCAGUACAUGGAUGCAGCAACGAAACAUUACCAGAACCAGAACCAUAGAGUAGUCGGAAUAGAGCAUUCGGAAUAGAGUAGUCAGAAUAGAUCAGUCGGAAUAGAGCAGUCGGAACAGAGUAGACAGAAUAGAUCAGUCGGAACAGAGUAGUCGGAAUCAAUUGAUUGGAAUCGAUUAGUCGGAAAGGUGUAGGCAGAAUUUGAUUUUAUUUCCUGUUAGUUUGUUUUAACGUCUUCAAAUUUAAAAUGGCUUUUAAAAAAAAUAAUUUUUUUUUUCUUUUUUCCAUCUCUGUAACUUUUCAGUCAGAGAAAUCUCUAAUUUUCAAAUGUUACAAAAUUAAUAUUUUCUUCUAUUUUCCUAUAUUCACAUUAACUAGAAAGAACCCCUGUGUGUGUCCUAUAGCCUGAAUCCAUAUAUAGUUGUAUGCGGGAGGAGAAAAGGCGGACAUAUUUUCCGACUUGUGCAUUUCUAUCCACAGCUAAAGCGCUUGAAAUAAAAUUUAAAAAAAAUAUAUAUAUUUAAAAAAAAGUUAUCCAUUGAAAUAGUUUUUGCUUCGUCACGAGGGCACAGCCUCCACGAGGGCACAACCUCCACGAGGGCACAGCCUCCACGGACUCCCCAGACCCAAAGCGUCACCAUCUGGUUUCAACUGACGCGAGUGGUCUGUACGACGGCCCUAGGUCAUGCUAGUUAUCAGCAGCUGAAUAAAUGUGUCAACGGAUUUAUCGCGUACUUAAAUGACAGAAAUACCGAAGACGCGAAAGGGUGAAAGCUGUUGCACUAAAUACGGCUGCUAUCGAAGCGGUUCUCAACACGGGGUUAUAGUUUCACAACGAUUCCAAACAAACAAACAACAAAAAAAAACAAACAAACAAACAAACAAAGAAAAAAAAAAUUGGUCGAUCUUAGACAGGUAUUUGCGUGGUUUGAGGAUAAAAACAAAGUAAUUGUUUUUUACAGGUAAAAAGUAAAUGUUUUGAAGUUGUAAGACUUUUUUUUUAAAAAUGUUCUAAACAAUUUUGUUUUUAUAACAUGAUAUGUUGCGCCCGAGUGUUGUCAAUCUCUUUCAACAUCACAGUCAGUUAGUCCGGGUUUUACAAACCUGGGGCACUCGCAUCGCCAGCCGGUUGGAAGGAAAGGGAAUCAUUGGAACGGGGACAAAAUUAGCAUUUAAUUUAUGGUUUAAUUUUUUUUUUUAAUUUAUGAAGAUUUACCUUUAAACUAUGAGAUUUCUAUUUAUUUUAUAACUGCUGCAUACAUUUUAAUGAAAGGGUACUUUGGUUUCGGGCGGAGGGUGGGGGGAGGGGGGGCGUGACUUAGUGAAACACCUCGUAAGGGGUUUCGAAACUAGUCAAAUAAUUCCAAAAGGUGUGCCGAGUAUAGAAAAGUUUUAUUUUAAGGGACGUAAUUAAAAUAUUAUGUUUUUAAAACAUGGAUAGUUUUAUGAUGAUCUCCCCUUAAUUACACAUUUUUAAAAUAAAAUUUGAAAUCAGAAAAUCGAGUAUUCGAUUGAUUAAGCUAUUAUUAAUGGUGUCACAGGUCAAGGAUGUCAAUAUACAUUUUUUUUUUUAAACUGGGCGCACGUCUCAUAACAUAUCACACGAAUCGGCCCCAUGAUUUCAAUAAACGCUUAUAUCAAGCUUGAAAAAAAACAACUUACAUGUGAGGUGGAAAUUAGAUGAGUAAACGACACAAUUUUAGACACUUCUCGUUCUGAGACACUUGAAAAUUGAGACCUUCUGCAUGACCUUGACAUUCAAGUAUCUUAAUAAAUUGGAAAGUUUUAUAUUCCUCUCUCUCUCUCUCUCUCCCUGUUUCUGUCGUCUCUCUCUCCCCAUCGAUCUAUCUAUCUAUCUAUCUAUCUAUCUAUCUAUCUAUCUAUCUAUCUAUCUAUCUAUCUAUCUAUCUUAGAUAGAUAGAUAGAUAGAUAGAUAGAUAGAUAGAUAGAUAGAUAGAUUCUAUCUAUCUAUCCAUCUAUCCAUCUAUCCAUCUAUCCAUCUAUCCAUCUAUCCAUCUAUCUAUCUAUCCAUCUAUCUAUCUAUCCAUCUAUCUAAUCUAUCCAUCUAUCUAAUCUAUCCAUCUAUCUAAUCUAUCCAUCUAUCUAACCUAUCCAUCUAUCUAAUCUAUCCAUCUAUCUCUCUAUCCAUCUAUCUAUCUAUCUAUCUAUUUCCCUCGUUCUCCUUGUUUCUCUCUCUCUCUCUCUCCCUCACUUUACCUCAAUAUUUUUCUCUCUCAUUUCUUUUCUCUACACCCGCCCACUGCAUAAGGAGUUUCACUUCUCACCGAAUCGAUUAGAUCAGUGGUUGGCAAAUCGCGUUUCUUUAACGACCUUGAUGCGGCUCGACAAAUCAGUUUCGACUCCGCAAAAACAUGGUUCCUGACAGGUUACUGCUGCUAAUUGUUUGCUCUUUUGACUAAUUAUUUGGCAGACCACUUGAUCAGAUCAAUACCUGAAUAUCAUUUUUAGUUUUAAAUUAUUAUUUUUUAACCCAACAGGUGAUUUCAAGACAUUCCGACUUAUAAUGAAAGAAGACAUCGCGUCAGCCCGAUUGCUUUCUUCCAGCAGUGACGGUUCUGACCUGGAAGCUGUCCCCCCCUUGACAGUCGACUCGCCCGUGUUUACACAGCGGUUGAAACGAGCCAAUGACUUUUGCUUUCAGAGUUUUGGCGGGAAAGCCGGGAGAGUGAUUUUUGACACGAAACACAGAAUCGCCAAUUGCAUCGUGCCUAAGGUUUGAUGUUAUAGCCACCGUACCCAAUGCUAGAGGUUGAUAGUCACUGUACCCGAUGCUAGAGGUUGACAGUCAAUGUACCCAAUGUCAAAGAUCAAAAAUCCAUUUUACCAAAUGUCAAAGCCCAAUAGCCAUUUUACCCAAUGUCAAAGCUCAAUAGCCAUUUUACCCAAUGUCAAAAUUCAAUGUCUAUUUUACCCAAUGUCAUAGCCCAAUAGCCAACACAAAAUGGUUAGGUACCAAUUCCUUGAACAUCUCGUUCCUCUCGUUGUCUCGAGACUCUUCUUCCCUUCAUCCACAACAAACCGUACAUUUUUUUUUUUUUUUUUUUUUUUUUUGAGUAUCCUAGUACUCAGAUACUUCACUCUUCUGACAACGUUGGUACUGAGUAUCCGAUGACUUUACUGCCCCCCCCCCCUCUGAACUCUUCUUAAAGUUGAUCCUUAUACAUGUUACUGGUAGUGGUUUGAGUCAACUUUCGACAACUUAAUUUCUAUUGGGAUUUAAAGUUCUUAUACUGUUUAUACAUUUUCUUUUUUAUUAUUAUUUUUUUUUUAUUUGUUUCAAUUUUUGUUUUUUAAUUGAGAUGGCGGGUGGGGUUGGUGGCUUAAGUGCCUGGAUUGAUUUUUUUAAAAAACGGGGUCACAAGCGAGCCAGGGUUUAUGUUUUACGAUGACCGCAAUUGUCCAAGCAAAUAAAAAUUGUACUUUGUAGAUUUUUUUUGACUGUUUGAUAUUACAAAAAAAAAAAUUUAAGGACACACAGUUAUAAAAAGAAAAUAGUUUUAAAACUAUACCUUUUUUUUUUUUACAAUGAGUUCCAGUAACCAUACAGUGUCACACUGCCCUGCUCCCCCUUUUACAAUGAGUUCCAGUAACCAUACAGUGUCACACUGCCCUGCUCCCCCUUUUACAAUGAGUUCCAGUAACCACACAGUGUCACACUGCCCUGCUCCCCUUUUUACAAUGAGUUCCAGUAACCAUCCAGUGUCACACUUCCCUGCUCCCCCUUUUCCCAAGAGUUCCAGUAACCAUACAGUGUCACCCUGCCCUGCUCCCCCUUUUACAAUGAGUUCCAGUAACCAUACAGUGUCACACUGCCCUGCUCCCCUUUUACAAUGAGUUCCAGUAACCAUACAGUGUCACACUGCCCUGCUCCCCUUUUUUACAAUGAGUUCCAGUAACCACACAGUGUCACACUGCCCUGCUCCCCUUUUUUACAAUGAGUUCCAGUAACCAUACAGUGUCACACUGCCCUGCUCCCCCUUUUUACAAUGAGUUCCAGUAACCACACAGUGUCACACUGCCCUGCUCCUCCUUUUUACAAUGAGUUCCAGUAACCAUACAGUGUCACACUGCCCUGCUCCCCUUUUUACAAUGAGUUCCAGUAACCAUACAGUGUCACACUGCCCUGCUCCCCUUUUUACAAUGAGUUCCAGUAACCAUACAGUGUCACACUGCCCUGCUCCCCCUUUUAAAAUGAGUUCCAGUAACCAUACAGUGUCACACUGCCCUGCUCCCCUUUUUACAUUGUAGAUAGCAUAAGAUAUCCCGCUGUGAAUGGACAGAGAAAUAUGAUGGAUGGUUGAUGAAUGGACAGGGAAAUAUGAUGGAUGGGUGGUGAAUGGACAGAGAAAUAUGAUGGAUGGUUGGUGAAUGGACAGAGAAAUAUGAUGGAUGGUUGGUGAAUGGACAGGGAAAUAUGAUGGAUGGGUGGUGAAUGGACAGGGAAAUAUGAUGGAUGGUUGGUGAAUGGACAGAGAAAUAUGAUGGAUGGGUGGUGAAUGGACAGAGAAAUAUGAUGGAUGGUUGGUGAAUGGACAGAGAAAUAUGAUGGAUGGGUGGUGAAUGGACAGAGAAAUAUGAUGGAUGGUUGGUGAAUGGACAGAGAAAUAUGAUGGAUGGUUGGUGAAUGGACAGGGAAAUAUGAUGGAUGGGUGGUGAAUGGACAGAGAAAUAUGAUGGAUGGUUGGUGAAUGGACAGAGAAAUAUGAUGGAUGGUUGGUGAAUGGACAGAGAAAUAUGAUGGAUGGUUGGUGAAUGGACAGAGAAAUAUGAUGGAUGGGUGGUGAAUGGUUAGAGAAAUAUAAUGUAUGGGUGGUGAAGUGACAGAGAAAUAUGAUGGAAGGGUGAUGAAGGGGCAGGAAAUUACAAAAUUUAAUCUUCUAUUAAAGGAGAGAAAAAUCCUAUUCAUCCAUCGACUUUUUAACAAAAUGCUAGUCUCCGAAAUAUGCUUAUCUAAAACAAAACGGUUCAGCUUUUGUCGUUAAAAAAUUCAAACCAAAUUUUAACCCAAAAAAAUCUUUUUGACCUGUAAACUUAUCUCAUGCAUGGGGUGAUGCGUAGGUAGUGCAGCCCAAUAUAAGGGGAAAUAAUGUCUGUCUACGCAGGUUGGCUGCACAUUUUGGAUUAACGUCAUCCGGUUUAUCAAGAACGAGACCGGAGGGAAAGUCUUCAGGAGCCCGAUGGACAUUCCACGCUUGAUAACCCACUACGGCAAUGCUUCGAAAGACGACGUCAUAUGGCACGACAAGGAACCGCCGAAAUAUUUGGGUCACAUGAUUAGGUACGUCCGUUCGGGUCUGGGAAAGCAUGUGAUGGCCUGGCGUGGUGGUUUGUGAUGGACACGUGAAUUUGAAUCUCCCCGCCACUAAAUAACAAUAUCUGUUAUCAUAGGUGUGUGUGAAUAAUCUCGAGCUAUGUGUGAAUAUAGAUGGUUUAUUUUAUGCUCGUGCUCAUAAUCAUAGAAAAUCAAUAUGAUGUUUAUCAAAACGAAAUAUCCAAUAUUGCAUUAUAUUUCCAUGUAACUAUUAUUUCAAUUACUUUCCUUGAAACUAAGGUAACAUAAUAAACAUUAUUUUUUUAUUUUUUUUUAAAUUACUCAGCGUUAAAAAUAAUGCUUAGUAGUUGAUCAUUUUACAUGUUAAUGUUGGAACUGCGCAUGCCUACCGACAUCCUUAGCGCCGGUAUGGUUAGGGUUAGGGUUAGCGGUUAGCUUUUGGUUAGACUAGAUAACAAUAAGAAUGAAAAGAUUACCUAUUAUUCGUACACAACUUUAGGUUUAUGUUUGUGAGAGAUCCGUACGCCCGGCUGUGGUCAGCUUGGAUUGACAAAUUCUUCCUGCCAGAUUUCUGGUACACUCAUGGCCAGCUCAUCGCGGACUUCUUCCGGUUCACACGUGAGUUCUCCUUGAGUUUUUUUUGGUAGCUUCCAAAUCUUAUAAAAAUAUUAAUCUUAAAAUAAUGUAGAUCAAAACGAUUUAUUCCAAUAAUUACGUUUAAGGGUAAUUAUAUCGUUUUCUAAUAUUAUCUUAUUUCCAAUUUAAUAUAUUUAUCUUACAUUGUAUCAUCUUUUGCGACAUACCUCAACAUUAGUUGAUCUUUGAUUCACGCCGUACAUUAUACUACAGAAUCGUAUUGUUGAAAUGUAAUUAAUGGUCAUUGUGUAAGAUUCAUUCACAAUAUUUACGGACAGAAUGUUUUCAAGGUAGAUAUAAAUAAUUUUUAUUUCGAACUCGGUUCUCAACGUGUAGCAGACAAUCAUUUUACGAAUACACCAUCAGAGAUAGAGUUGCACUUAUAAGGGUGAUAAUUUUUUUUUUUAUAAUGGUAACGACAUUUAAAGAGAAAAAAAAAAGACAACUUUCUUGUCUUUUGGUUCUUGCACGGACCUUACAUUUCACAUGAUUUAUUAUGUCUUAUUAUUUUGACCAUACCAAGUUGGGGAUUGUACCAGGUAUGGUGGUGAUACCACGUUGGUGAUUAUACCAUAUUCUAAAAUGCUUGCAACUAAAUGGAGGCGGGCUCGAAUACGUAAGACUCUAUAUCACAGGAGAUUAUGCUGUUGUUUUCUAUUACAGGAGAUUAUGGUGUUGUUUUCUAUUACAGGAGAUUAUGGUGUUGUUUUCUAUUACAGGAGAUUAUGGUGUUGUUUUCUAUUACAGGAGAUUAUGGUGUUGUUUUCUAUUACAGGAGAUUAUGGAGUUGUUUUCUAUUACAGGAGAUUAUGGUGUUGUUUUCUAUUACAGGAGAUUAUGGUGUUGUUUUCUAUUACAGGAGAUUAUGGUGUUGUUUUCUAUCACAGGAGAUUAUGGUGUUGUUUUCUAUCACAGGAGAUUAUGGUGUUGUUUUCUAUUACAGGAGAUUAUGGUGUUGUUUUCUAUUACAGGAGAUUAUGGUGUUGUUUUCUAUCACAGGAGAUUAUGGUGUUGUUUUCUAUUACAGGAGAUUAUGGUGUUGUUUUCUAUUACAGGAGAUUAUGGUGUUGUUUUCUGUCACAUGAGAUUAUGGUGUUGUGUUCUUUACUUAAAUAUUAUUUAUUUUAAUUUAAUUAAUUUCAUAACUUAUUUGUUAAUACUGAGCAAUAAUGUUUUUUUGGUUUUUUUCUAAAAGGCCAUUCAAUGGGAAUAUUUGUUUUAAAAAGUCGUUACAUAAUUUUUUUUUUCUAUAAUUCACAAUAAUUAUAUUGUUGUUGUUUUUUAUAAUUUUUUUAAAACUGACUUUUGCUAACAGGUCAUUACUAGUAUCACAUUGUAAUUGCUUCAAAUGAGCUGUAUCAAAGACGUACUUCUAUGUUAUUCUAUUUUACUUUUAUGGUAACAGCUGAAGAGAAAGCGUGCCCCAAGAACAUUUCAUUCGAGCAGUUUUUAACGUGAGUUCUCAUUAACAAAAAAACAAAAAAAAACAGUCUGAUUUAUGUACGUUGAGCACAAUUCUCAGUGGUCACUUCACGUGUAUAUAUAAAUAUAUGUAUACUAGAAGGUAUAACCCGAUGGUACCGGGGUAAUAAUGAAAAGCCUAUUGCGCUAUAUUCCACCUGCUAUUGCGAAGUCUCAGCACUUAAAAAUCCAUUCUUUACGCAUUCUUAACUGUACCAGGUUUUGAUCUAUUAAAUCCUCAAAACAAAAAAAACACAAUUAAAGGCCUUUGAAAUGUAUCCGUUACGUCUUCUAUUUUAGGCGUACCCAGCCAUCUUUCAUACACAUUUGCAUAAUUUAAAAUUACAUUAUAUUUAUGUUAUGUAAAUAAGUAGGAUAUCUAUAAAUAUAUAAAAAAAUAUAUCUAAAAUAUAAAUUUUCAGUUAUAGUUCUAUAGACAAUUUUGCCUUUACAUCUUAAUGUUCCAUUAACAAUUUUUUUCAGACGAAUAUGUUCUCUGUUCAUUUUUUUUUUUUUUUAGUCUUCUUUUUUUUGUUCUUCAUUUACUUUACCAGCGACACCUUUUUGGAAAACCCCGGGACCCUAAACGACCACUGGGCGCCCUACAAAUAUGUUUGUGACCCUUGUCUGUUCAGACCUCACGUCCUAGGCAAAAUGGAAACUUUCGCCAGAGACUCCAGGUACGUGAGCGCUAACAGUGUGACUGUUUAACACUCGCAGGCUGUGCAACAUUCACAGGCUGUGCAACACUCGCAUGCUGUGUAGACCCUCACAUUCUGUAUAACACUUGCGUGCUGUGUAACGGGUUUUCUGUGGUUCGCUUGUGUGCCGCACCAUCAAAGAAAGCGUGGUUCAAAAGUCCAGUUUUUUUGUUUUUUUGUUGUUUUUUUGUUUUGUUUUGUAAAGAAGAAAUGCGUUCUUUUAAUAUCCGAGUGACAUCAACUGAUUCAGUUGUAGCCCUGAGAGUAGCCCUGAGAGUAGCCCUGAGAGUAGCCCUGAGAGUAGCCCUGAGAGUAGCCCUGAGAGUAGCCCUGAGAGUAGCCCCGAGACCUCAGUUAAUCUUUACGACACUUCUCCCGUUAGCAGAAAGGAUUUUUUUUUUUAAAUGGGUUUGUUGAACUCCCGUUAGAAUAUUUCAAAACUGACUCACCCAGCCGCUAGAUGACGAACUUCUAAAUCUGCGUGCCGUCAGCAUUAAAGGUUUGGGAAGCACUGCAUUAGCCUUUAAGAUACAUAGAUGUUUUAGGGUUGUUUUUUUUUUUAAGGUGUGUGGGUUGGGGGGGGGGGAUUUGAGACAAUUUGCAAGGUUUGCCAGACUAAUUUAGUAAUUAGCGGGGGGAGGGGGGGAGGGGUGCAAAACUAUUGAAAUUAUUAUUAAGGGGUGUUCUAUAACAUUCCAAAGGGUUAUUGAGGGGUGUUCUAUAACAUUCCAAAGGUUUAUUGAGGAGUGCUCUGUAACAUUCGAAAGGGGUAUUAAGGGGUGUUCUAUAACAUUCCAAAAAAUUUAGUAAUUAGCGGGGGGAGGGGGGGAGGGGUGCAAAACUAUUGAAAUUAUUAUUAAGGGGUGUUCUAUAACAUUCCAAAGGGUUAUUGAGGGGUGUUCUAUAACAUUCCAAAGGGUUAUUGAGGAGUGCUCUAUAACAUUCCAAAGGGUUAUUAAGGGGUGUUCUAUAACAUUCCAAAGGGUUAUUAAGGGGUGUUCUAUAACAUUCCAAAGGGUUAUUAAGGGGUGUUCUAUAACAUUCCAAAGGGUUAUUAAGGGGUGUUCUAUUACAUUCCAAAGGGUUAUUAAGGGGUGUUCUAUAACAUUCCAAAGGGUAAGCGGUGUAUAAAACUUUUUUUUCUUCUGUUUUUGAUAGUUUGUUUAAAACUGUUCUUAUUUUAGAACUUUGCAUUCUUCUUGUAUAUGGAUUGAUUUGAGUUAGUUAAAUAUAUAUUUUUUUUUUUUUAUUUGACAAACCUGACUCCACUCCACUUUUUCUAUUAUGUUUAGAGCGAUUCUGGAAGCUGCGAAUCUGACCUGGGUGCUUAGCGCCCAAACGAACACGUCACGUGACGAGACCAGUGCACAUCCAGUCGACGACAGGUCACUCCGUGAGAUGAGCAUGUUGAUUGAGUACAACUACGACACGUGGUUGGUGUACGAGACACAUUUCAAUGUAAGUCCUUGAGAUGAGCAUGUUGACUGUGUACAACUAUGACGCGUGGUUGGUGUAAAAGACACAUCUCAAUGUAAGUCCUUGAGAUGAGCAUGUUGAUUGAGUACCACUACAAGACACAUUUCAAUGUAAGUCCUUGAGAUGAGCAUGUUGACUGUGUACAACUAUGACGCGUGGUUGGUGUAAAAGACACAUCUCAAUGUAAGUCCUUGAGAUGAGCAUGUUGAUUGAGUACCACUACGACGCGUGGUUGGUGUACAAGACACAUUUCAAUGUAAGGAUGCUUUUAAUUAUUUUUGCAUACUGAAUUGAUUCGGUUUGGUGGGGGGGGGGGUGGCAGCAAGAAAAUAAAUAUGUAAGUUUGAGUAAAGGGCGUGGCAGUGAGUUAGUUGCUAUUUGAUAAGAGAGACUGGGAACAGCCCGUUGCUAAUGACGGAAUCAAAUUUUGCAAUAGCUUAAAUAACAUAUUCGAAGAGACGCAUCCCUUGGUAUUAACAGCACGAUAUUAUAUUGUUAAAAAUUUUCGGGAAAAUGUAUAUGAUGGAUUUCGUUGUUGUUGUUGUUUCAACGGGCAACGCUCUGACUCAAUAGAUGGGAAAACUUAAACGCUGAAUUUAUUUACGGAAGCAUUUUUAAAAAAAUCUCCACUACACAAGUGCUUCUACACUGAAUACUUACUUAGUCUUUUACAUUGUCAAUAUCACGUGCCUUUUAAAAUAAAGGACAUCGCUCCAUGCUAUGGUGCGACUUUUUUUUCAGCCCAUGAGACCAAUCAGUUCAGGCCUUAGUUACAGGCAAAGUCAGGCCAUGUGGGGUAGGGGAAAAGGGGGGGGGCGCCGAAUUUAUUUUGAGCCCAACACAAAGAUUAAAAUACUGAAAAAGUUUUGUCAAUGAAGAAUAUUAUGCUCUUGGUCAAAUCUUCGUUGAUGUUUCUUUUCACAAACACAGCAGCUGAACGUAGAACAUAUAAAUGAACUAAUUAUACAAUUUUAGGGCGUUGUUUAAUUAAUGUUGUAUGUAAAAUCCAAAAAAUAAAGACGUCUCCUUGUUUAUACGCAUUUUAAGAGUAUAAGUGUUAAUAUGGUUAUUUUAGAACUCGUGUCUUCAGAGGUCUCCAGCAGCACCUUUUUCUAAAUUAUUUUUGGUUAGGAGAUAGUGGCGCCACGAUUUAAAACUGCUCGGGUGACUGGAUGUGCACUGGUCUCGUCACGUGACAGCUAUGCUUUCUUUUGGGUUGUUCUGUUUUCCUCCUUAAUAAGAUAAAAAUGAUGCUAUUCAAAUUAUUUUUGUUAAAGUAUAAGAAAAUCGUAUUAAAAAAUAAAUAAGUUAAAAAUAAAAACACAUUUAAAAGUUGUCAAUGUUUUCCAAUGUCAACAAGUUGACCUUUUUUGCUUUCGGCCCCUUACAGGGGUGUUUCCCGGUUGGUGAACUCUACCAACGUCUGUGGCGGGCUUUUCAGUACAACGGCCACCUACCGCCAGACGUGAAAAUACCAAAAUGUUUCCUUCAGAGGCGCGACUUCACGCCGCGUGCCUUUUUUGACGUCUGCACGGACACGUACACAAAAUGGAGGCGUCUCGCCGAGAGGAAAGUUUACGUCGACCAGAAAAAAGCCGCCCUUGUUCAAGGAUACAUGAGCGUGUCCACGCCCGUUUUGAAAAAAGUUCAGAAAAUGUUCCAGCUAGAUUUUGACAUGUUUGGCUACGAUAAAACCCCACCAGAACUGUUCGAUUACAGGUGAUCGAAUAGGUGUGUGUGUGUGUGUGCAUGGGCGCCCGCAGGUAGGGGCAAGGUGUGGCACUUACCCCCCCCCCCACGGAUUGAUUGGAUAAAACCAUUUUAGACAAAAAUAGACAAAAAAUGUAUUAAAGUAAAGAG